CCUGAAUCUACUAGCUAGGCUUCCUUUACCUUUUUCAACAACAGGCAUCAUAACCAUCCAACGGCGCAAAAACCUUAGAAAGUGAUUGCACUGUUGCACCUUACCGCACCAGAACACUCUCUAUCUCCCUUAUCCCGCUGACGCCACCACAACCAUUGUAACCACAAUGGCCGAAGAGCCCGAAAACAAUCCACCGCCACCGGAACCUCCAAUCCCCUCCGCACCGGAUGCCGCGGAGGAAACUGCAGCUCCGGCUCCGGCAACGACGUCGCAACCAAGUGCCGAGAUCGUCGCUCCUCUGGCGCUAGCUCCGAAGCGGCAGCGCCGUCCGAGUGUUCGCCUGGGGGAGAUCGGCGACCAACGCGCCUCCUCCGCGCACGGCCACGACUCGCACACGCGCCGCCCGAGCAUGCCGCCAUGGAGCUGGCGGACUCCGAAGGAAUCUUCCAGAACCUCGAAGGCGCGCACCGUAACGAACCUCGCGAACGGCGGCGAAGAGUUCGGAAACAGCAACAGCCGAAGAGGAAAAGCAAAACGAGGACCAGCGACGAAGCGAUUGAGAACAAAUUGGGCUCCUAGAGCGACAAUCGACGAAAAUGGUGACGAAGAAGGUUUUAGGGAUUUCGAACACGAACACGAACAGAGUCCAGUACACUCGAUGGAGGAGAACGGAGUGGAUUAUUGGCACGUGGAUCGGAACGAGGAUCCUAGGGUUAGGGUUUCGGAAAACGACGGCGUUGAAUCGGAGUCGCAGGAACGGAGGAAGAGCGAUGGAGUUCGGUCUUGGCUUUACGAGUUAGGGCUGAGUAGGUAUGCGCCUAUGUUUGAGAUCCAUGAGGUCGAUGACGAGUUGCUUCCGAUGUUGACUUUGGAGGAUCUGAAGGACAUGGGGAUCAAUGCUGUUGGUUCAAGAAGGAAAAUGUACACUGCAAUCCAGAAGCUGAGGAAAUGCUUGCCGUGACAUCACCGUGUUGUAAUCGGAUCAAGAUGGAUAUAUGUAUGUAUUCUGUAUAUGUAUAUGUAUGUGUAGUUUUUCUUUGUUCUGGCUUUGAAAUGUGGAUAGAAAAACGCAUGUAUGUACAAGAGUUUUUGGUUUAUAUCACUUUAUCUAUGGUGAAUGAACAAUAGGGGGGGAUUAGUGACUGUUAUUUAUGCUUUCUGGUUGAAAUUUCUUGAUGACAUGUUUUCUUUCCCUU